AUGAAAGAAGCCCCAGAGGACAAACGAGCCGAGCUCGAGACACAAGCUUCGAUUGGUGCGGCAUGGGAUUCGUCUGCUAUCAAACGGCGGCUGUCCAUCAACCAACCGCAACAGCCAGAGAUUUCGAUAAUACCGCAUACAUCCACCGACAGACAACAUGCUGCUGCCCAUGACGAAGCAAUUAGCAUCCAUGCCUUGGAAGCAGAGCGAGAGCUCAUUUCCGAAGAGCCUGACAAAAAGGCCCUCCUGGAGGAGGAGGAAACCCAGAAGACCAUCCUAUACCUCGCAUAUGGAUCAAACAUGUGCGCCCAGACAUUCCGCAAGACCCGCAAAGUCACUCCUCUUUCACAAGCGAAUGUCUACGUCCCGAACCUCUGUCUUACCUUCGAUCUCCCUGGAGUUGCAUAUCUCGAGCCAUGCUUUGCAGGAACACAAUAUCGUGACCAAAAGACCGGCAUGCCGAUUUACCCUGGAAAACCGCAGAACCCAAGUGAUGGAGAGGGUCUCUGGCAUAAACCACUUGUUGGAGUUGUAUAUGAGGUCACCAUGAAGGAUUAUGCGCGCAUAAUAGCUACAGAGGGCGGCGGAGCGUCCUAUGUUGAUGUUGUCAUUGAUUGCCAUCCAUUCCCUGAAGAUUAUGAUCCUGCAAAGCCGGUACCUGAUAUACCGGAUACGGAACCUUUUAAAGCACAUACUCUUCUCUCGCCCGCUACUGCUGGAAAGAGCCAUCACAAAGGUACUGAAAAGAAAUCGUCACUAUUUAACGCCAGAUUUAAUAGAAGCCGACCUAAUUAUGCCCGCCCUUCGCCACGUUAUAUGAAGCUUCUAAUCACGGGUGCAGAGGAGCAUGAUCUACCAGCAGAAUAUCGACAAUACCUUGCAUCUGUCGAGCCGUAUCGACCUACUACCUCCAGGCAGCGUGUAGGCCAAUUUAUAUUCGGUGUCGUUUGGGUGCCGCCGCUUUUGCUUAACCUGAGGCUCAAUGCAAUUUUUGCCAACGAGGAUGGGAAAGCGCCAGGAUGGCUAGCUGUAUUCCAGCGAUAUAUCUUUGCAGGAGCAUGGGUGACUUAUGAUUAUGCUUUUAAGUAUAUAUUUGGAGACGGCGAAAGGACCAUUCCUCAGCGCACAGGCGUGAAAGUAGAAUGA